AUGGCCAACAUGUCAAGGGUGUAUAAGAAGACCUCCUCCAAUGGGAAGCUUGCCAUCUACCUGGGGAGACGAAACUUUGUGGACCAUGUGGACAUGGUGGAUCCCAUUGAUGGUGUAGUCCUGGUUGACCCUGAUUACUUAAAAGGUCGAAAGAUGUUUGUCAUGUUGACAUGUGCCUUUCGCUAUGGCCAUGACGAUUUGGACGUGAUUGGUCUGACGUUCCGCAAAGAUCUGUAUGUACAGGUGCAGCAAGUGUUCCCACCUGAGCCCACCAGCCCCCAGGGGCCCCUCACAGUCCUACAGGAGCGACUGCUGCAAAAGUUGGGGGACAAUGCCUACCCCUUUACACUGCAGAUGGUUGUUAACCUGCCCUGUUCAGUGACACUGCAGCCAGGUCCCGAAGAUGCGGGAAAGGCCUGUGGGAUUGACUUUGAAGUGAAGAGCUUCUGUGCUGAAAACCUGGAGGAGAAAAUCUCCAAGAGAGACUCUGUGCGGCUGGUGGUUCGGAAAGUACAGUUUGCACCCCUGGAACCAGGCCCUGGCCCCUGUGCCCAGACUGUCCGGCACUUCCUUCUGUCAGCUCAGCCCCUACAACUCCAGGCCUGGAUGGACAGGGAGGUUCACUACCAUGGCAAACCCAUCUCUGUCAAUGUUUCUAUCAACAACCGCACCAACAAGGUCAUCAAAAAAAUCAAGAUUUCAGUCGACCAGAUCACAGAUGUUGUCCUGUAUUCCCUAGACAAGUACACCAAGACCGUGUUCAUUCAGGAGUUCACGGAGACUAUAGCUGCUAACUCCAACUUCUCUAAGAGCUUCGCAGUAACCCCGCUCCUGGCUGCCAACUGCCAGAAAGAGGGCGUGGCACUGGAUGGCAAACUCAAGCAUGGUGAUACUAAUCUGGCCUCUAGCACGAUUCUUCAGCCUGGAAUGAACAAGGAGCUGCUGGGGAUCCUGGUGUCCUACAAAGUGAGAGUCAACCUGAUGGUGUCUGGUGGAGGCAUCCUAGGCGACCUGAUCACCAGUGAUGUUGGUGUGGAGCUGCCCCUGAUCCUGAUGCACCCAGAGCCAUCACAUGAGGCUGCUAGCUCUGAGGACAUAGUCAUCGAGGAGUUCACUCGUCAGGAGCACCGUGGGGAGAGCCAGGAGGCUGUGGCGGCGGAGGGGAACGAGGGAAGCUGA